GAUCAAGGGGAGAUUGUCAUGGAGGAUGCUGAAAAGUCCCUGCCAACAGCACAGCAGGAAGAGGCAGUUGUCAAGAAAAAAUAUGGAGGAAUGAUGCCAAAGAAACCACCACUUAUUUCUAAGGAUCAUGAACGGGCCUAUUUUGACUCAGCUGAUUGGGCAUUGGGAAAGCAAGGUGCAGGGAAGCCUAAAGGACCACUUGAGGCUCUCCGGCCAAAGUUACAGCCUACACAACAGCAGACACGUUACCGCAAGUCUCCCUAUGCACCAGCAGAAGGUGAAGAAGGACAUACACCGCCAUCGGAAGAUGCAAGUGCAAAUGAAUGAGAAGCAAAUGCUAAUCCAUCUGGUCGGAAAGUUCCUCCAACAUUACCUGCAUCCCAUCAAUUAGUGAAAUAAAAUGUGAAAACAUGUUAUUCUGAAGAGAUGAAUUGCUUGCUGCUGUAAUUUGAUGCUUUCCUGAUCUGUGACUGCUGUCAGACUAUUUUAGCUAUCAAUUCUAAAUUUCUAAA